CCGCAUUUUCAUUUUCUCUUCAAAACCCUCCCUUUUUCACCUCCCCACUCUACUUUUGUGUAAUUACGUUAAUUGAAUAAAAAUGUCUAUUGCUUUACAAACUUUAAAGGGCUCUCUCAACAAGCGUUGGAUUUCUGCUGCUGCUCCCUUGGCCCGUUCUUUCAACACCAGUGCCGUCAACAUGAUGGCCUCACCUGCUGAAGCCAAGGAAACUAACUUCAAGACUUUCGAGAUUUAUCGUUGGAACCCUGACAAGCCCACUGACAAGCCCGUUCUUCAAUCUUACAAGGUUGACUUGAAUGCCUGUGGACCCAUGGUUUUGGAUGCCUUGAUCAAGAUCAAGAAUGAGCAAGAUUCUACCUUGACUUUCCGUCGUUCUUGUCGUGAAGGUAUUUGUGGUUCUUGUGCCAUGAACAUUGAGGGUUGUAACACUUUAGCCUGUAUUUCCAAGAUUGAAAAGGAUACUUCCAAGACUGCAAAGAUCUAUCCUCUUCCUCACAUGAACAUUGUCAAGGAUUUGGUUCCUGAUUUGACUCACUUCUACAAGCAAUACAAGAGUAUCGAACCUUUCCUCAAGAACACUCCCCCUGCUGACGGUAAGGAGAACUUGCAAAGUAUCGAGGAUAGAAAGAAGUUGGAUGGUCUUUACGAAUGUAUUCUUUGUGCUUGUUGUUCCACCUCUUGUCCCUCUUACUGGUGGAACCAAGAGGAGUACCUCGGCCCUGCUGUCUUGAUGCAAGCUUACCGUUGGAUGAUUGAUUCUCGUGAUCAAUUCGGUCCUCAACGUCGUGAAAUGCUCCAAAACAAGAUGGCCCUUUACCGUUGUCAUACCAUCAUGAACUGUUCCAAGACCUGUCCCAAGGGUCUUCAACCUGGUGCUGCUAUUGCAAAGAUCAAGUUGAUGAUGGCUAAGGAAUAAAAGAAGCGAUUUAGGUUUUUUAUACAUAACACAAAAAAAGAAUAAACAGAGUUUUUUUUUUCUUUUUUGUA